AUGCAUAUCCAGACCCUUCUACCCAUCCUGUCCACCUUAGGAACCACCUCAGCAGCCAUUGCCUCUAAACCAGCCCACCUCUGGGCAUCCCACUACAAUGGCAACGUCUACAGCCUGGCCCUGAAGAACAACACUCUCUCCCUAUCGCAGACCCUCAACACCUGCGGCAACAUGCCAAGCUGGCUCACACUGGAUGCGCACACCCGCACUGUCUACUGCUCUGACGAAACUGGUACUGCCGACGCGUCGAUGCAAGGCUCGCUGACGGCCCUGCAUGUCAGACCCGACGGUACAUUGCGCGAAGGCGCUGUCACCAAGACUGUCGGCGGCGGCGUGAAUAGUGUUAUCUACGAGUCAGAUGCCGGGACGAAGUUUAUUGCCAUUGCGCAUUACGAGGGCUCGGCCAUAUCAACCUUCGCCCUACCCAUCAAACAAAAUCAACCAGCCCUGCAAGCCUUCCAUUUCAACUUGACCAGACCGGGCAAAGUUGCCCAGCAGGACUCACCCCACCCGCAUGAAGUCUUCCUCGACCCGACCGGCUCGUUUAUCGUCAGUCCGGACCUGGGCGCGGACUUGCUGCGCGUGUACGCGAUCGAGGACGGCCCUUCGGGAAAGCUCUCGGAGUGUCCAAGCCUGAAUAUUACCUUCGGUAGUGGGCCGCGACACGGUGUGUUCUGGACUGAUGGCACUGACCGGUCGGCCGGAGCUGGAUCGACAAAUUCGCGGAAGAUGGCGGCUGUUGGCGAGACAAUGUUGUAUCUUGCGAACGAGAUCGGCGGUACGAUGAUGGUAUUUGACGUUUGGUAUUCGAGAUCUGGGUGUUUGUCUUUUGAGCAGACGCAGACACUGGUGCCGUAUCCCGGAGGUGUCAUGCCCGAGGGUGGGACGCCGGCUGAGAUUAGCAGGAUCGGGGAUGAGUUUUCUCUUUCGAUUCGCACUGAUCAGGGGUUCAAGCCAAGCGAUUCGAUGGUAGUGCUUGAUCGGUCGCCGGUGGAUGGGUCACUCGAGGUGCGGAACUCGUCUUCUGCAUUCGGGAAGGUGCCGCGAACUUUUGUGAUUAAUCGGGCCGGGGAUCUGGUUGCCAUUGGGAAUCAGGCUUCUGCGACGGUUGUGAUUGUGCAUCGGGAUCCGAAGACGGGGAAUCUGGGUGAGGAGGUUGCUGUUCUACAGGUUGGCGAGCCUGGGAAGGUGGGGACUGCGGAGGGUCUCAGCAGUGUCAUCUGGGAUGAGUAG